CCUACUCUGUGUGUUUCAGGGCUUGUUAGCGAUGGUGCUCUGUUUGCCGUGAUGGUGGGCUACGUGGGUAAAAGAGACAUGCCACAGCCAGCCCCGCACCACUGCCACCUCCUCCUGGGUGGGGCCUUUCUGUUCAUCCUGGUGAGCUCAGCUUUAAGCUGCCCGGCCCGCUGCGAGUGCUCCGCCCAAACCAAAUCUGUCAGCUGCCACCGCAAGCGCCUGCCCAGCAUCCCCGAAGGCGUCCCCAUCGAGACCCGCACGCUGGACCUCAGCAAGAACAAGCUGCGCCUCAUCACCACUUACAACUUCUCGUCCUUCCUGCAGCUGGAACACCUGGAUCUCAGCGACAACCUCAUCAGCGUGCUCGAACCCGGCUGCUUUCACUCCAACCUUGCUCUCCGCUCACUCAACUUCCGCAGCAACCAGCUCAAGAUGGUUCUUAAGGGAGUGCUGUCGGGGCUCACGAACCUCACACACCUCGAUCUGAGCCACAACGGACUGGUGAUUCUCAUGGAUCACGCCUUCCAGGACCUGCACCGCCUGGCGUUCCUGGAGGUCGCCAACAACCAGCUGGUUUACAUCACUCCGCGGGCUUUCGUAGGAUUAAUCGGCAUUCAGAGGUUGAACCUGGAACGGUCCAACCUAACCGAGGUUCCGACCGAUGCUCUGUCACAUCUGCACAACCUGGUGGAGCUGCGCAUGCGCUUUCUGAGCAUCGCUUUGCUCAAGCCUUUCUCCUUUAAGAGGUUAAGUUGUCUCCGCCACCUGGAGAUUGAUUUCUGGCCCUUACUGGAGACCCUGCCUCCACUCUCACUUCAUGGCCUCAACCUGACGACCUUGUUCAUAACCAACACCAAUCUUUCUGCCUUUCCUGGCGCAGCGCUGCGCAACCUGCCCUACCUCACUCACCUGAACCUGUCCUACUGCCGCAUCCAGCACAUCCACCAAGGAGAGCUUGGUCAACUCCCUCAGCUGCUGGAGCUUCGACUCCAGGGGGCUCAGCUGCUUUCUAUUGAGCCUCUUGCGUUUGUGGGCCUUAAAUCGCUUCAGCUGUUGGAUGUGUCUGAGAACCACCUGGACUCUCUGGAGCGGGGGGUCUUUGCCUCGGCAGACACCCUGCAGAGGCUCUGCCUGGGUGGGAACCCGCUAGUGUGUGACUGCAGGCUGCUUUGGCUCCUCAGCAACCACCGGCCUCCCUCCCUGCAGAUUCUGGACAUUCAGCCCGAGUGCAGCGCACCGCAGCACCUCCUGGGCAAAACCCUCCGGGACCUAAAGGAGCCUCUGGUGUCCAGGUACAUGACCUGCACCAAGCCGCGGGUGGGCCCCAAUGCAACGCAGCUGCUGAUGGCCGACGAGGGUCAGCCGGCGCGUCUGAGCUGCAUGGCGGAGGGAGCUCCUCGGCCCUCUGUGGUCUGGAUUACGCCUCACAGACGCUACAUCACUACGAAAAGCAGCGGCAGGGUGGAGGUGCGGCUGGAUGGCACCCUGGAGAUCAAGACGGCUGAGCUGCACGACAGCGGCGUCUACCUGUGCAUCGCCAGCAACCCUGCCGGCAACGCCAGCCUGUCUGCAUCCUUAGCUGUGAAGAGCCUGGGAACGGGGGACAGAUUUCACUACAGCAACAGGAGCUCAAACUAUCUGACAGACUCUAACAGCACAUGGGGGAACGGAACAAUGCUGCACAACAUGACGGUUCCCAUCGACAUGAAGACUAUCCUCAUAUCGGCAGCCAUGGGCUGCCUGUCCUUCCUUGGCGUGGUGGUGUUCUGCUUCCUGCUUCUGUUCGCCUGGAGCCGGGGGAAGGGACGCCACAGGAACAACUUCGACAUCGAGUACGUCCCCCGUAAAUCCAACGGGGCGGCUGCGGACACGGCAGAGACGAGCGGCCCGCGGCGGGUCAACAUGAAAAUGAUCUGAAGGGCGACGCAGACUGAACGCCGUGCACACAUAUCAGCCAAAAAAAAAAAAA